UCCAGCGCCGCCAUCGCUGCCUGGCGCGCGCGUCGCGCCCGGCCCGCCGCUCCCGUUACCGGGGCAACCGCGGCGCCUCGGGUGGAAGGGCCCAGCUCGCCCGUCCGCGCCAUUUUCAAACUGCGGAAGGAAGACUUUAAUUUCUGGAAGUGAGUAAAACGGUUUUGGAAGUCAAGAUGACGACAGCUGCAGAGAGGAAGUAUACUAAUAUUAGGAAGAGAUUGGAUCAGCUGGGGUACCGGCAGACUCUGACAGUCGAGUGUUUACCUUUGGUAGAAAAGCUCUUCAGUGACUUGGUUCAUACAACAGAAAACCUUCGGCAAUCAAAAUUAUCUUCUGUGAAAGCUGAAAAGGAAAGUGCCAAUUUUGAUUUUGCUUUGGAACCCUAUAAAUUUGAAAAUGCGAGAUUAAGUAAAGAAAAUAAUGAAUUAUACCUGGAGUUAAUGAAACUGAGAGAGUGUUCAGAGCAGAAUAUUAAAGAGUUGAAAACUACAUUGAAGAAGUGUGCACGUGAAACAGCAGAUCUGAAAUUUCUAAAUAACCAGUAUGUUCACAAACUCAAACUUUUGGAGAAAGAGAGCAAAGCUAAAAAUGAAAAAAUUCAGCAACUUCAAGAAAAGAAUUUGCAUGCUGUGGUACAAACUCCAGGUGGCAAGAAAAGGAGCAUUGCAUUCAGACGCCAGCGAAUGCAGAUUGACGAGCCGGUUCCUCCCUCUGAAGUCAGCUCUUACCCAGUUCCGCAGCCCGAGGACCCUUACAUUGCAGACCUCCUGCAAGUGGCCGAUAACAGGAUCCAAGAACUUCAGCAGGAAGUCCACCAGCUACAAGAAAAGUUAACAGUGAUGGAAAGCGGGGUGAGAGAUUACAGCAAGCAGAUUGAGCUGCGAGAGCGAGAGAUCGAGCGACUGUCAGUUGCUUUGGAUGGUGGUCGCUCCCCAGAUGUCUUGUCUCUGGAGACUAAAAAUAAAACCAACGAAAAGCUGAUUGCUCACUUAAAUGUGCAGGUUGACUUUCUUCAGCAAGCUAAUAAAGACCUGGAGAAGCACAUUCAAGAGCUUAUGGAAACCAAGGAGACAGUGGCAACUGAAGUGGUGAAUUUAAGUAACAAAAACGAAAAGCUCUGCCAAGAACUAACUGAAAUAGACCACUUAGCGCAGCAACUGGAACGACAUAAAGAAGAAGUGCUUCAGACGGCUGAUAAAGAACUUGGGGAAGCAAAGAAAGAGAUUAAAAGAAACCUCUGUGAAAUGCGGAAUCUUGAAGAAACAAUGGCAAAACUUCAACUGGAAUUAGACUUAUGCCAUAAAGAAAAAGAGAGACUGAGUGAUGAACUCCUUCUAAAAUCAGACCUGGAAACUGUUGUUCAUCAGCUUGAACAAGAAAAGCAAAGACUUACCAAAAAAAUUGAAAGUUUUGCAGUGACAGAGAGAGAACUUACUUUGGAAGUUGAGAGGAUGAGGCUAGAACAUGGAAUAAAACGUCGAGACAAGUUACCUUCUCGUUUAGAUACAUUUCUCAAAGGUAUAGAAGAAGAACGAGAUUAUUAUAAGAAAGAGCUGGAGAGACUCCAACAUAUCAUACAGAAAAGGUCUUACUCUGUAAAUUACUGUGCACGUGAAAAAAAUUCAGUAUUUAAAACACCAGAAAAGGGGGAUUACAAUUCAGAAAUUCAUCUGGUCACAAGAGAAAGAGAUGAACUUCAGCGUAUGCUAGAAAGAUUUGAGAAGUACAUGGAAGAUAUACAGUGCAAUGUUAAAUUAUUGACAGCAGAAAGAGAUAAACUAAGUGUCUUAUAUAAUGAAGCUCAGGAAGAAUUAUGUGCGCUACGACAGGCACCCGCGCACCCCACCGUCCCCAGUAGUCUGGUUAGCCUUAUGGAAAAGGAGAAGGAGCUUGCCUUGUCGGACUUAAGAAGAGUUAUGACAGAAAAGGAAGAUUUAAGAGAAAAGUUAAAAAAUAUCGAGGAAAUGAGUGCUUUUAGCAAAUCAGAAUUAGAGAAAACUAUUGAACAUUUGACAUGUGUUACUCAUCAGCUUGAAAGUGAAAAAUACGAAUUACAAUCUAAAGUGUUAAUAAUGAAAGAAACGAUAGAGUCACUAGAGAACAAAUCCAAACUCCAAGCUCAAAAGCUUAGCCAUGUGGCUGGUGACUCAUCCCAUCAGAAAACAGAGGUGAACUCCCUUAGGAUCGUAAAUGAGCAGCUACAGCGGUCACUUGAGGACCAUCAGCACCAACUGUCCCUAAAAAGAAGUGAACUUGAAUCUGCCCAGGAACAAAUUAAAAUGCUGGAGAAAAAAAUAGAUGAGCUAAACGUUAAGAUGACCUCACAGAGUGAAGAGGCUCAUGUGAUGAAGAAGACUAUUGGUGUUAUUGACAAGGAGAAAGACUUCCUGCAGGAGACAGUGGAUGAUAAGACAGAAAAGAUCGCAAACUUGCAGGAGGUCCUGGCUGCUAAAGAAAAAGCUGUUGCUCAGAUGAAGAUAACUAUCUCGGAGUAUGAAUUAUCUCUCAACCAACUAAAGGAAACACUGAGUAAUCGAGACCGGGAAAUCAGCAGCCUCCGGCGUCAGCUUGAUGGAACUCUCAAAGAACUUGAUGAAGUAGGAAAGUCUAGGGAAAUAUCUUUCAAGGAAAACAGAAGAUUACAAGAUGAUCUGGCUACAGUGGCAAGAGAAAAUCAGGAAAUCUCAUUGGAAUUGGAGGCUGCAGUGCACGAAAAGGAAGAAAUGAAGAGUAGAGUUCAUAAUUACAUAACUGAAGUUUCCCGAUGGGAGAGCUUAAUGGCUGCUAAGGAGCAAGAAAAUCAAGAUUUGUUAGAUAGAUUUCAGAUGCUUCAUAACUGCGCUGAAGACUGGGAGAUCAAAGCUCAUCAAGCUGAAGGAGAAAGCAGCUCAGUUAGACUGGAACUUCUGUCUAUUGACACAGAGAGAAGACACCUUCGAGAAAGAGUGGACCUAUUAGAAAAAGAAAUUCAGGAGCACAUAAAUGCACACCAUGCUUAUGAAUCUCAGAUCUCAUCAAUGGCAAAAGGCAUGGCUAGAUUAGAAGAAGAGCUGAGACGUCAAGAAGAUGAGAAAGUGACAGUGUUAAAUGAUAUGUCUUCUCUUAGAGAACUCUGCAUUAAGCUUGAUUCAGGCAAAGAUGUUAUGACCCAACAAUUGAAUUCUAAAACUCUUGAGUUGGAGAGGGCUCUGGUAGAACUAGAAAAUGUAAAAUCAGAAUCAGAACUAUUAAAAAAACAACUGUCAAGUGAGAAAUACACGAUUAAAAACCUUGAAUCAUUGUUGGCUACAAAUAGAGAUAAAGAAUUUCAUUCUCAUUUAACAUCCCACGAGAAGGAUACAGAAAUCCAGCUACUUAAGGACAAGUUAACCCUAUCAGAAAGCAAACUAACUAGUCAAAGCAGGGAAAACACCAUACUUCGAACUAAAGUGGGACAGUUACAAACAGAUUAUGAUACUCUAAAAAGGCAAAUUUCAACAGAGAGAUAUGAACGAGAACGAGCAAUCCAAGAGAUGCGUCGGCAUGGUCUUCCUACGUCACCCCUUAGCUCUACUCUGAAGUCUCCUUCGCAUUCUCCAGAACGUAAAGCUUUUAAAUGUGUAACCCGGUGGUACUCGUUAGCUGCACGGCGUUCUGAGGCCAUUACCACUGUCGAGUCUGCUCAGCACCUGGAACAGAAGUUCUGCACCCACUCGCCAGUGAUCUUCGCUCCUCAUUCUCAUCUUCUCAGCCUCCAAUAACUUAUUAGUUUUUAUUUUUUGUUUAUUUUGUUUGUUCGCUGGUAACGUGUACUGUCUCACUGUCUGUAACUUUCUGUCUCUAUGAAUCUGCCUAUUCUAAAUUUUCAUGUACGUGAAAUCGUACAUUUGCCCUUUUGUGCCUGGCUUGUUUUGCUUCGGGUCAUGUUUUCAUCUGUGGUAUAGGAUACACCUUUUUUUCUCUUGCAAUCUUUUCAUCACUAGGUACACUAGGGCUGUUUACUUGUGGCUGUUGUAAAUACUGUUGCUCUGAACAUUGGUAUGCAGUACUAAUGGGCAUGUUAGUCCGUUUUCAGAUCUCUUGUUAUAUACAUAGGUGUGGAGGUGCUGGCUGCGUGGUCAUUCUGUCUGUCUUUUUGAGGACCCGCCAAACUGCUUUCCACGUGGCUGUAUUACUCCUGUCCUGUCAACGCUCUUCCCCACAGUAUCACCAAGACUUACUUUCCAUUUUCUAAUCAUACCCGGCUUCCUCAUACAUGCACUAACAAACCCCCAGCGGUUAAUUUGGCCAUAAUUUAUAAUUAACUGUCAGAGCAUCCUAAUGAGACUUACCUAGUAACCCAUUUCCAGUCAUGCUUUCUAAAUACUGCCACAAAACUAAUGAGAAAGGAUUUUCCCUAUCAGCACUCAAAUGACUGUUAACUGUGAAGCCGUUUCUCAUGUCAGCGUCUCAUGGUUAGUACCUAAUCCGUCUACGUUCUAACUUUGUUCACUGUAGUUCUCUGAUGCGUGAUGUUUUCUCCUCUCACACGCAGUUAGCGCGACAGUCUAACACCAGCUCCUCCGCCACACACCGCCGGGCAGCCUGCGCGGUGACUCUUCGCUCUGUACCCGGAGGCGAUGCCAGACCCCACCGGAGGGCCCAGUGCCGCGAGGCCUCUCGCUCCCACUUCGGGGGCCAGUCGCAAGGCCCAGGCUGUGACCCUCUUCCCUCAAGUCUCACUCCCUGCUAGGGGCCUUUCACACCAGGAGGCGCAGCGGAAGGGCCGCCGCAGGGGAAGGUGCUCGGGUCAUGGCGCUCGGAACCGGCAGGGAAGCGCUAGGGAGAGGAGCUGCACCCUCGCGGCCGCGGCCGGUGACCGGCCUCUUCUGACCUGAACCCACCCCUGACAGCACGGCAGCUGCAGUGGCCCCAGAUUCAGCCCCCUCCCAGAACCCUGCCUCUGAGCACCUGGGGCUGUAGGGGGCACCGAGGGCCGACCGUGGCACUGGUGCGAGUCCAGGUUCCGCAGCCCCCUCCCUGCUUCAGGAAACCGGCUAGGGCACCGUGGAACGCCAGGAAGCAUUUCCCCAUUUACCCAUGUGUCUCAAAGGACCCGCACGAACGGCCACGGCGUGGCAGGAGUGUGCGGCUCCACGCCCUCACCACCCGCCGCUGGGCACGUCCGCGGUGGGCCUUCGGAAGCUUCCUGGCCCGGGCCGUGCGGGCCCUUGUGGAGGCUUCUCACACGGGUAACCCGCUCAAUCGUUGGCCUCUGGUGAUCAGCUCAGCCACCGGGCCUUCCCCAGCCCAGACCGUGCCUCGGUCUUUCCGCUGACCAGCCUCGUCCCGUCCCGUCCUGUCCUGAGGCUCUGGGGACCUCGGCCACGGUCGUCCAUUUGCAUACCGAAGACGCUUGGGACUCCGGAGAUUCCAAGGAGCUGUGUCAGGAACUAGGGACAAGAAACCGAAUACGUAUUUCUUAAUACAUCACGCUUUCACACAUGUCCACUGAGAAAACGUAAAUUACAGAAAGUGUGAAGAAGGCAACCACGGCGGCGCUCCUGUGUGUGUCCCGGAGGUGGGCAGAGCACCCACCUGUCACCAGUGUGCCCAGGCGUUCGGGGGGCCCCCCGUCGUCAUUCCGGCAUCCUGGGCGGGUGGCGGCUCCCCCACCACCCUGGCAGUUGCAUGUGUCCCAUCUCCUCUGAGUGAAUUCAUAUAUUACAGUAAAGAAAAGCAGUCCUUCUUAACUUCAAGAAAUAGAAUAGCCUUUUUUCAGUAUAACAACUGUGGGCCCAAGGUUUUAUUAGAGAUUGAAAUGCAAACAUUGCUGAACUGCAGCUUUUUGUGAGUACACUGAGUAACCUUGUUUCUCGUAUUUCUCUCACUUCCCUUUCC